AUCUUUGAGAACUUCUCUUUUAUAUAUUUCUUCUUCUUUGAGCUUAUAUUGAGAAGGAAAAAAACAACAAUGACCCAUUCUAUGACCUUUCUUAUACUUUUUUCUUUACUAGCCUUUGCUCCUUUCUGCCUAGGUAACAAGAAAAUAGGAUCUUACCUUUAUCCACAGUUUUACGACUAUUCAUGUCCACAAGCUCAGAAUAUUGUUAAGUCCAUUCUUGCUAAUGCUGUUGCGAAAGAGCCUCGUAUAGCUGCUUCACUUUUGAGACUUCAUUUCCAUGAUUGUUUUGUCAAGGGUUGUGAUGCUUCGAUUUUAUUAGAUAACAGUGGAAGCAUUAUCAGCGAGAAGGGGUCGAAUCCUAACCGUAAUUCGGCUAGAGGAUUUGAAGUCAUUGAUGAAAUCAAAUCUGCAUUAGAGAAACAAUGUCCUCGUAUAGUGUCUUGUGCUGACAUUUUGGCUAUAGCUGCUAGAGAUUCAACUGUUCUUGCUGGUGGACCAAACUGGGAAGUGCCUUUAGGAAGAAGGGACUCACUAGGUGCAAGCUUAAGUGGUUCCAACCAUAACAUUCCAGCUCCAAACAACACAUUUCAAACCAUCUUAACUAAAUUCAAACUUCAAGGACUUGACAUUGUUGAUCUUGUUGCACUUUCUGGGAGCCAUACUAUAGGAAACUCAAGGUGCACAAGCUUUAGGCAAAGACUCUACAACCAAACUGGAAACGGCAAGCAAGAUUUCAGUCUUGAACAAUACUAUGCUAAUGAAUUACGCGCUAAUUGUCCGAGAUCGGGUGGUGACCAGAAUCUGUUUUUCCUAGAUUAUGUGACACCAACAAAAUUUGAUAACAACUACUUCAAGAACUUGUUGGCUUACAAGGGACUAUUGAGUUCUGAUGAAGUAUUGUUGACAAAGAAUCAAGAAUCGGCUGAGUUGGUGAAACUGUAUGCGGAGAGAAAUGAUAUUUUCUUUGAGCAAUUUGCUAAGUCUAUGAUCAAGAUGGGAAAUGUAUCUCCUUUGACAGGUUCAAGGGGACAGAUUAGAACAAAUUGCAGGGUGGUUAAUACUUGGUGAUCAAGCAAUUUAUUUUUAUGUUUCUUAUUUUCGUUGGUGUGUUCACUUGGGGCAUUUUGGCUUUGGAUGAUACUCUUAUGUGUGUGUUAUGAAAUUAUUGUAUUUAGUUCUAUGUCUUUUAUAAAGAAGCUAUUGUUUGUCAUAA